AUUUAUUGUUGACUUGAAUAGAGUGACGACGCAUGUCUAAAGAAACUGGAAACAUAUGUGUUAGCUUGAUAGAAUCUCACAAGACAUUACCGUUACUUGUUUUGGUAACCAACUUAGGUUUACUCGUCUUCGAAGUGAGUAGUUCAAAACUGAGUUGGGUUUCCAAAGAUGUCCGUUUGAUGGAACAAGUUGUUUGUGUUGCAUUUUCUCAACAAACUACUCCACUUCGUUUGGCUGUUGUAACCAACGAUAAGUGGCUUUUGGUCUUUGAAAGUCAAGAUGGUGGAUCCGGAGACUCUUGGAAGUUGCAACUGACAAAAUCGUUUAGAAAACGUCCUUCUUGUCUGGUGUUUUCCAAUGAACGUAACCCUAAAGUAUUGGUUGCGGAUAAAAGUGGUCUCGUGCAUACUGUUUCUUUAUCAGAAGAAACGCAGAGUUCAAGUUUAGUAGAACCAAACGCCGAAGAAGACUCUCUUUCAAACGACGAAGAUGAUUGGUUGGGUCACUAUGCAACUAUUGUUGCUAUGAAUGUGUCGAUGAAUGGUGAAUAUGUAAUUACAGGUGAUAGAGAUAACAAAAUUAGAAUCUCCAACUAUCCAAAUACUUAUCACAUUCAUUCUUUUUGUUUAAGUGAUCCUCAUUUCUUUGUAACAAGGAUAUGGACUUGUACAUUGGAACGAGAAUGGCUAUUUUCAGUUCAUCACAACGGCGAAAUGAAAAUUUGGGAUUGGAAUGGAAAACUAAAGCUUCGGCAUAUUCAUCCUACUAUAGGUUUCCUAGUGGAUGCAAGCGCUCAUGUAUAUGAUAAUCAUACAGUUUUUGUUGCCUCUAUUGCUUAUUCUUGUAACUAUUCGUUGCUAUGGAUAGUGAAAUAUGAUUCUUUGGGGAAUAAGUUUCAGCUCAAAAGUGAGCAUAAGUUGAACUUACCUGAUGUUCCAUGUUCAGUUCGAUUCGAUACAUUGGGACAGCUGUGGUUUUCUUUUUUGAAGGAAGAUAAGGGUACUCAUAAAUUCAUUAUCAACUAUGGAGAACUGUUACUCAAUAUGGAGAAUAACAGCGUAUCGUCAACUGUAGAGAACAACAACAAACGGAAUAUUUUCCAGCUGGAUACUCAUUCUAUUCCCAUGGAAGGCGCUGUUUCUUCGUCAAUGCAAGUGCUAAAAGCGAAGAUGUUGUGGAAUCGUCCAGAAAUGCUUCACGAUAUGCGCAAGAAAGAAUACGUAUUGGACUGGAAAGGAAAGAAACGCCGCACCAAUUACAAUCUGUGAACAACUCAAAUGUCGACGAUGAAAUACAUAUGAAUGCGACCCGCUUCUUCUUCCUCCGUAAUUUGCAUAGCUGAAUAAGUAAUUGCCUUGAUUUCUGUGCCUUGCGAGUGUCGUUGUGGAUCAAAUACUUCGCCUUUUCCAACAGCAUCGACGAGAAAUAUAUCUAAUAGAGAGAACGGUGUGAGGUUAAACUCCACUAGUUCUAAACCUUUACUUACUGUCUACUUGAAUAUUUGUUACUUUCAACUGGCAAAGAAUAAUAUAAUUUGCACCAUAUUGAAAAAGACAUUCAUCCAAAAAUUUGUACAAGAGACUGUAUAAAUCGUGUCCUUGUGCACGAAUAGGAACAGAGCCAACGACAGGAUCCGGUUUAACUUGUCUCAAAUCUGUCAUAUAAUCAAAUAAAGCCAAACCUGCAGCUUCAAAAGCUGUUUCCCAAGAAUUGCCCCAGCAGUGAAUUUGCACAUCAGCAGUAUGAUCCAAAUAUUCGUAACCCGAUAAGUUAUCGAGUUGUUGUAUAGGAGAGCUUGAAUCCUCAACUGGGAAUGUCUGAGUGUG